ACACUUGAGAUUUAAAAAAAAGACUAACCUUUUAUCUAUCGACAGGUAAUCUAUUUUUCAUAAACCAUGCUGAAAAAAGUCCAAAUCAUUUUCAACGGUAAUCGGCUAUAUCAUUUUCUGAUAACUUUGGAGGAGGGCGGCUUUAUCUUUAAAGUCAGUUGUAUUUGGUCUGUCAAUGAGUUUGGUUGUUUUUUUUUUUCUUUGAACUAUCACUAAAUAUUUGAAAUACUCGCUAAAAAUAACCAUGGGUGACGUCUUUGACUAUCUAUCCCCUACAAAUCCGGUUUUUAGGACCUUUGCAUUCUGGUCCAGUGUACUCGUAAUAAAAGUUCUUUUUAUGUCAAUAGCUACUGGAUUAAGAAAGCAUACCUCAAAGGCGCCAAAAGCGAAAAAUGAAGUCAAUGAAGAUGUUGAGCGAUUGAGGAGGGCUCAUUUAAAUGAUAUGGAAAAUAUCUUCCUUUUCAUCAUUCUGGGCUUCAUUUAUAUCGUCACAAAUCCAUCUCAGUGGUUGGCUAUGAUGCUGAUAAAAGCUUUCGCUAUCACCCGAAUUCUUCAUACACUUGUCUACGCUUUUGCACCGGUACCCCAACCAACGAGGGUCAUUCUGUUCCUCAUGGGUGUUGCAGUGAAUGCCUACAUGGGCUUAUCAGUUAUUAGAGCAUUUUUGUAAAUUAAAUAAAAUCACAAUUUGAUUUUUUUCAUA